AAAAAACAUCAAAAUCGAAGCUGUUCCACCGGGUUUCCAGGUAAAAAGCUUCAUUGACUCGACUAUUAUGUUGUCGGUCAGUGCGUAAGCGCAACUUGACGCCACCGGCCGUCCUAACUUAAGUAGGUAACUUAAUUAACGAAAAAAUGUGCCAAUAUUUAGUGACACGGAUUUUAGUGUUAGUUAGUUAUAUGGUGUUUAGUGUAUCUACCAGUGAUAUGUUUCAUGUGAAAAGUAUGACUACAUUUAGGCCAGAUCAAGUGUCCGAUUAUUUUGGAUAUUCAGUGUCUUUGAGCAAUUUGGGACUCCACGUGGGGGCUCCGAAGGCGAAGAGCAGGACAGUGAAGGGCAUCGCUCCAGGGCUGGUGUUCUCGUGUCCUCUGACAGAUGUCGACAGCAGCAACGCGAGUUGUGACCCACUCGGGAAGAAUGAUAGCUCCAAUCAUCUAAUGGGGAGCCAUAUACCAAAUGAUUUCUAUAAAGAUGACAUGUGGUUCGGAGCUGUUAUAGCCGUGGUACCCGAAGACAAAUUACUGAUCUGUGCCCCGAGGGAGAUGGCGCUGUUUAAAGAUAAACAAAUCGUUUUGAUAAACGGUGUAUGUUACAUACGCGGGAAGAACAAAGAACAGAGAUUAUACCCGCUCAGAGAUGAACACCGUCAAGCGUACGGGACCGACGGGGCCAGAAAGGAGUAUGGCGAGUAUGUGUAUAACCUGAACUACUUCGCAAACGGUCAGGCGGGUAUGUCUGUGGCCGUUACGAAGAACAGCAGCAUCAUUAUAGGAGCCCCGGGAGUGCUGCAGUGGACAGGUACCAUAGUGGAUUACAAAUACAGUUCAAAUAUGUUUAAAUUCACCAGAGUCCCGACAAUGAAUCCUUAUCAUACUUUGGCAUUGGGGCCAGACGAUUAUUUCGGUUAUAGUGUUGAGUCAGGUGUUUUCGAGGAAACCGGGAUUAUUUUAAACGUAGCGGGAGCGCCUCGUUCUGGCAAAGGAUAUGGACAGGUUCUUCUAUUCGAGCCUACCACCCGUGAAACGGAUCCCUUGAAAAUCAAGGCACAGCUCAUAGGACCCCAGUUGGGCUCAUAUUUUGGGGCAAGCCUCUGCGCCAUCGACAUUGAUGGAGACGGCUUAAGCGACCUUUUGGUCGGCGCACCGAAUUACGUGAAACGCGACGGAAUUAUCAAGUACGACCAAGGGGCGGUGUUUAUCUACAUGUCUAGGAAAGAGGAUUUCCGUUUUGUCCUAAGUGAAUCAGGCCAUGUAAUGGGAUCUCGGCAGAGCGGAGCUCGUUUCGGGACUACUAUAGCUGACUUGGGAGACGUGGAUAGCGACGGAUUCAACGACGUAGUAAUAGGAGCUCCUUGGGAAGACAAUGGUGCCGGCGCCGUGUACAUAUACAGAGGCAGUGAGGACGGACUACGUGCUCAGUAUACCCAGAGAAUUCACGCGGAAGGUGCAAAGAGCUUUGGCAUAGCGGUGUCUAAAGGUUACGACGUGGACAACAAUGAAUGCAAUGACAUAGCUGUGGGCGCUCAUAACAGCGGCACAGUGCAUCUGUACCGGAGUGUGCCCACCAUACAAGUGCUUUCAUCAAUUAAACUGCCGGACGCUAAGGACAUGAAGCAAAACGCUACCCACUUCAGCGCUCUGUUCUGCGUCACUGUGCCCAGGACAAGGUCGUCCACGGACUGUGAGAUAGAAAUGAAAGCUACCAUCUUGGUGGACCCCGAAGGUAACAGGGCUAACACACUCGGUGAAGCGGACUACGUUAUCAAAGUGAGAUCCGGCUUUGAUACCUGCGACGAACAAAUCAUCGAAGUUAAGAACCAAUCGGAUUUGUCGAAGCCUAUCUUGCUGAAAUUCAAUUUGGAACCAUUAAAACGUAUAGAUGAUCUCGUAAAGUUUCCGAGUAAAAUGGCCCGGGUGUCUGAGGACUCCAUCCUGCAUUCGUCCGUCUUGAUACAGAUGCUGAGCGACUGCGGCGACGACCUCGUGUGCACGCCGUGGUUGGAAAUGACCGUGGAACCAUUGGUGAGCCCAUUCGUCCCAGGCGCGAACACAAAGCUCGGAUUAACCAUCACAGUCCUCAACAAAGAAGAGCCUGCAUACAGCGUGAAGCUAAGCGUGACUCUCCCGUGCCCCCCUCGAAGGUUACUAGAGUUAUGUUCCCUACAAGACCUAGUCAUGACAUGCGAUCUACCAGCGCCUCUGAAGAGAAACGAAACCGCAGUAUGGGAGGUGGAACUAGAAUAUGCGUGGGACGGAACUGAUGAGAAAUUGAAGGUCACAGCGGAACUUCAAGACCCGCAGUACAUGAGGAACGUCAGCGAGGGUCCGAAGGAACUAGUGAUACCGAUCGCGCCGAAGAGUAACUUCGUGUUGCGUGGAAAAUCGCAACCUAAUAUAACCAUCACGAGAGAUGCGUUUGAGAAAAACACAGAUGUUUUAUUUACUCAUUACUUUGAGAUAACAAAUGAAGGUCCAUCAGAUUUCUAUCACGUGAAAGCCGUGGCAUAUCUUCCUGAAGAGGCUAUUUUAACAGAUUCUAUAGAGGGAGCCACUUUAGAAGACAACGUUCUGAAGUUCAAUGUCGAGAAGCUGAGGGCCAAGACUACGAAUACUUAUUUUUUACUUUUAAAAUAUGACAUAUAUAAAUUCGGUAACCAACUGGAAAAUACAUUAACUAUGAACGUGACGUCGAAAGUGGACAUUUACCUACAACACUACCACGCAUCUGAAACCUACAACGCAUCUAGCAACGUGACCACUACGCUGUUUCUGGAACCAAAAACGCCGAUCUGGCCUCUCAUUGUAGGCUUGGUGGCGGGACUGUUGCUGCUGGCUAUAAUCAUACUAGCUCUAUACAAGUUCGGCUUCUUCUCGAGGCAGAAGAAAGAAGAGUUGAAACAUCUCCUUCGCCGUUCGCAGGAAGACCCCUCUUCUUCCAGCAGCCCUUCUACCAACGACCCGAACGUAUCAAGUCAAGAACUGCUGGAUUCCGACACAGAUUGACCCGAUGAUGAAUAACUCAACUCAAAUAAAUACUAAGAAAAAAGAGAAUAUUUAAGACUGACUGAUGUAAACGGUUAACUUCUUGUCAUCAUAAUAUUUUUAUUUUUAAGCAUUUAACUGCUAGAUGUUUAAAUCUAAAGAAAAUUUUACUAGAAAAAAUUGCACGCCGACCUAGCAGCCGACGGGAUUUGAACCCGCACCCUUCGCUAUCCGGGCGAAUGCACUGACCCUGACCAUUAUGCUGCCGCGAUCCUGAUGACCGUAUCGAAUUUUCUCUAGCAUUUCCUUUGGCUGCAAGGCAGCGCCCUCUCUUCGCAUUGCCAGUUGAUCAAUGCAUUCGCCCGGAUAGCGAAGGAUGCGGGUUCGAGUCACUUCUGCUGCCUGGUCUGCGUGAAUUUUUUUCUAGUAUAAAAUAUUCUUGUUGAUUUUAAUAAUGGAUAUUACAUAUUAUACUGGAUUCUGCUGCAUUUCCACCUAGUGCUGAAAAUAACACCGAGCGAUCAAGCAUUCGUUUGCUCGGUAAAUGGAAUGCUCAAAACAACGUUGCGUUGUUGUCAUUGAUAACCUAGCAAAAGAGCAUUCGUUCUUGUGUCCAGUCAAACAUCCUUGUACGAAUUCGAAUCAUCUAUCAAACGACAGAAGAUUCAUAAUUUCAAAUUUUUAAAAAUAAUGACAUUACCUUUAUAAUAUAGCCGCCAGCCGUAGGCAUUACAUGAACAAAGAGUUUACCCAAAGAAAGAGGCUGUAACGCAACGGACGUUACAGUAGCUUUAAUUUUUAUUGGAAGACCUGUAUAACAGAAGUGAGGACGUUUAAUAAUGAUGAAAUGUGGUUAAUGUGAUAUUCUUCAUAGCAAAACUGGUCUCAAUAUCUAAUACGAAAAUGCAGUCACCAAAUAUGCACCAAAUUUUAGUAAUAACGAAAUGGAUUGAUAUUUUAGCUUUUCAAAAUUAGUGUUAUGAAAUAUUUUCGACACUAGUCAUAAAUAAGUGUAAGGUAGAGAAAGAGAUGUAAAUUAUUUUAUUUUCUGAAACAAAUGCUGUUGUUGAUUAAUAAAGGAUUGAAUAACUGUUACACAUCAUUAAAUAAAACUAGUUUUAACAGGUUAAUGCACGAAACUUUAUUUAUUUAUUGACGUUUCGCAGCCUUUUCAGGACUGCAUUGUCAGAAUAAAUGUUACACACCAUAUUAAGUAAUUAAGAUUCUUUGUAUUUUUUAUUUAAUAAUCUAACUAAGAUUGUUCAAUCUCAUUAAGAAAAAAAUAUAUUUCUAAUGAAUCUUUUCGUAUUAAAGGUCAAGGUCCAAGGUCUCCUACCUUGGAUUUCUGCCCAAUUUUGUAAUUUCGUACAAAUUAUAGCAAAACAAUAAAAAGACUAGCUCAUCAAAAUCUCAAUAAAUAAUUGUGGGUUACCUACAAUGCGAAGAGAUGGCGCUGCCUUGCAGCUUAAGGCUAGGAAAAUUUCGACGCGGCGAAUAGGGCCGUGGUAGCAUAAUGGUCAGUGCAUUCGCCCGGAUUGCGAAAGGUGCGGGUUCGAGUCCCGUCCGCUGCCUGGACCGCGUGGAUUUUUUUCUAGUAAACUUUUCUUUAGAUCUCAAUAAAUUCAUUUAAAUUGGUGAAAAUCUGAAUUAAUAUAUCUUGAAAAAGGGCAAUCUACGCAUAAAUUACCAUUAUUACCUAGACGCAUGUUAACAUUGACUGACAGUUGACACAUUACUAUUGGUUAAAAUUCAUUUCCUUUAUUGUACUUAGUUGUAUCAAAAAUCACGAGACUGUUUUGUCAUAGACCAAUCUCACUGCCAUAGCCAUCUAUGACAUUGACUUUUAAUAUCCUUGGUACUCGGCCUUUUUGCCAACACUCAGUUAUUUUACAUACUUUUUAUUUUGCUGGGAUUGCAAUAUAAUUAUGUUAAAUAAAACUAGUUUUUAACGGGUUUAUGCACGAAACUUUAUUUAAUUAUUGGCGUUUCGAGCUACCUUCGAAAGACUUUUAUUGAGCAUUCGGUUAUUUCAUUGGAAGAUUUAAAAAAAAAAACAAAAAAAACUCUUCCAAUGAAAUAACCGAACGCUCAAAGGUAAAGGUUUGAAGUCUUUCAAAGGUAGCUCGACAAAAUUAAAUAAAAAAUCAUUAUUCUGACGAAGCAGACCUUAAAAGGCUGCGAAACGUCAAUAAAUAAAUAAAGUUUCGUGCAUGAACCCGUUAAAAACUAGUUUUAUUUAAUGAGUGAUGUGCGUGAAAACCUAAGAAACAAAUAUAGUUAUGUUAAUACUGAUAUAUUGGAGCUUUUGCUGAUCAGGUACAUUUUUUAUGAUUUCCGUUGCUUAUUUUAAAAAAGAUGCACUUUAACUGUAAUAUAUUAUCUGUGUUGCCAUUUAUUUAAAUGUUUAAGCGGAAUUUUUAUGUGGUGCAAGUGUUCAAUAAAUUAUAAAAUUAAUAGAAGAUUUAUAUAAAAAUAAAUACUUAUUUAUUGCAUUCUAAAAUAAUAAGAAGUACUACAGAACAUACUAGAAUUAAUGAAAUACCUAGUUACUUACCUACAUUUUAUAUUUUGUAUAUUUUUGGAUAAAUAAAAAGUAGAAUAUAAACUA